AAGGAGGGUAACCUGGGAGACGGCACAGCACAAGCAAGCAAAAGCUUGGCAGAUAGAAGUUUGGGGUUUGUAGGCAAUUUGGGGGACAAGUGGCCCCAGGCCAAGACAGAAAGCAUCCAUGGAGAAGGCAGGCAGCAGUYCGUCUCAGGGUUGUAGGGUUAGCUGGGCUUAGGUUAGCUAGAUGGAGCCUUGAGCCAAUGGUCCUAGAGAUGGAGAGGGGAGCCCUUGCUUGGCAGAAGGGAUUUGUCCUCUGACACUCAGGCCUUACAAACAACUGGGCUUGCGGUGGCCAAGCUCCCCAAGUGGACACUUACCUUGCCUCUUCCCCGAUUAUUUCAUAUCGUUCUGCAACCCUCACCCUGAAACCCAGCCUGGCCUUCCUCCAGCCUGCAGCUGGGCAGAUUAUUUUGCUCCAAAAGCACGGCAGAGUACGGCUCCUUACUCGAGGAAUGCAGGCUGUGGUCGUCCAGAGCCGAUGAUGAAACGGGCUAUUUCUGCCCUGGGACAUCAGCAGGCCUCCGGGCGCUGGCUCCAAGGCACACACUAUCAUGUUUUUAAUGUUUCCCUAGACAAAUGCUUUCUUUCCCACCUUGAGACAUUUUUAUUUGAAUCUCAGUGCUGGAAUAGCUUUAGAAAACAUUGUGGAUUGAAGUUGGAAUAGUGGGGAGGGUCCAGCUCAUCGGCAAGCAAUUUCUCACUCCCCAAGUUAUCUAUUACCCGUGGCUGAUCUGGAUGUAAAAAUAGCCGCUGAGGCUGUUUGUUUAAUCUGACUGUUACUUGACACCACGCGGGUGUUGCAGUGUGGACCGUUCGCCUCUUCCCCACCAAGAACACCAUUUGGUCUCUAUUUAGGGCUAAAGCCAAGGAGCCAAUGACCAUGGACAGAAACUGCAGAGAUACCUAAGGAGGCACCAUGGUAACGCUGGAAGUGGGAGGGAGCACCCAGACACCCUGCCUUGGCCAUGACCAGCCCCCAGGCCAUAAGCACUGCGAGGAGUGAUGGCGAACACCACCCUGCCUCCAGAAGUGAGCAGAAACGAGAAUGAGGGUGGCCUCCUAGCUCACAGAUGGGCAGUGAUGACACCAAAUAUAAGCUUUAAAAGAAGUUUUAAAACUACAGAUCCUAAAACGCAGCAAGGCAGACACCCACAGCCCCCACUAAUGUAGCAGAGAAAAAUAAUCCUCACUUUGUAAUUGUAACUGGUCAACAAGAAGCUCUAAUUUUGUGGGAAGUGGUCUGCACCUACUCCUUGCCAGAAUCAUCACCCAAAGGCACCCACCAGCUGGCAGAGACAAUCUUCCUAGAGCCAACAGACGAUGCAGGGGAACAAGAAGUGCACAGACGGGUUCAGCGACUCCUCCAGCAUCGGUAGCGUGUUGGAUGAUGCAGACAGGGAGGUAAGCAACCUCACAGACCGGGCGUUCCGGAGCUUGUGCAUCUCAGAGGAUGCAUCCUUCCAUGAUUCCAAUCUGUCCCCAGAUAUCACCCAUCAGGUGUUUGGGACUUUCCAUCAGGGAACAGUGAGCCACACCCACAGAAAAAGUGGCAUUUGGAGCCAGCUUCCGUCACAAGGUACAGAGCAUGCAGGCUGGGCAGCCACCUUCCAACAGCUACCCAAGUAUGUUCAAGGGGAGGAGAAGUACCCCAAAAGCAGCCCCCCACCAACACCAUCCCAGAGGAGACUGGAGAUGCCAGUUUCUGGCUUGAGGAGCAGCAACAAGCCUGUUUCCAAAGUAUCAUCGCUAAUCAAGUCUUUCGACAGGACUGAGAGCCAACACUGUGAUAGCAGACCUCCCACCAGCAAGCCUCCAGCUCUCAAAAAUCCUUCCAAGUUUGCCCCUCUUCCAGACAGUGGUGUCAACUUCUGCUUUGAUUCUGCUUUUCUGACUGUCAGGAGGGUUCCUGCUGAAGUCUCCAACGCCCAUCAGAACAGCCUCCAGCCUGGAAGGAACCACGGAGAACAAGAGUCGCCUAAGAAUCCUGAAAUGGCCUGUCAUGGCUCCGGCAGCUUCCUCCCCAAACCUGACAACUCAGCCAGCUCAUUUGAGUCAAGAUUCCCCUCUCCACCCCACAAGCCAGCCAAGGCUGAACCCGUAAGAGGCAAGGAGUGGGCUCACAAAGGGACUUUUCUGCACAGUGAAAACAGUGCUUUUGAGUCAUGGAACGCCCAUCAACCAAAGCUGCUCAAGAGAAAGGACAUCGCAGAAACCAUCCCAGAAAGCAAAGUCCCCAAACAUUAUGAGGAAACGCCCUUGUCARGAGAACCUUAUACCCUUGAGCACAAAGUCUCUCCCUGCCCUGUUCGGGCCAGCUGCACUCAGGAAGAAAGCAGAUUAGCAGCAGGGGCUCUGUCCACAUCUGGACCCUGGGGCUGCAGAGAUCCAGGACCCCCAGUAUUCCCUGCAGAGGGAAAAGCUUCCAGCUCACAGCCUGACCCUCAGCUGAAGUCAACCCAGCCUCCAUGGAGGAAACCAAAAACUGGCAAAGGAGGUAAAGAAAGUCUUCAAGACACUUUGGAGGAAAAGAAACAGACCAACAGGAGAGGCCCACCUCUGCAUUCAAAGCACAAGCUCCAGGGGCAAUUCCCAGAAGAUGAGGCUCUGGGAAUGCCUGGGGACCCUAAUGAGCAGUACAGUCCUCCUUUUAAUAUCAGUAAGCUCCUGACCCCCAUUAUACCCACCAAGCAUGUCCUGGAAUCAUCAGACACCCAGUCAGGGGAGAUAAGCCCAUCCCCCACAGGACAGCUGAACGGAUACCAGGAGAAGGAGCCCAGUGAAUGUCAGUCAAGAGACAGCUACAAAUCCAAAGCACCCAGUCUGCUGUUUAACCUCAAGGAUGUGCGGAAGCGUGUUAAGAGUACAUACAGUCCCUCACCUCUUUUGAAAGGCUUCGAUGAGAAAACCAGAAUUAAAACUGAUGGCAAGCAAGAACCUGUGAGCAAUGGGAUCAUCCUCUCCAAUGGACUUGAAGAAAGCCCUCCUAGUGAACUUUCUAAGGAGAGACCAGCCAAUGUCCCUGGUGCAUCACAUAGCGGUACUCAGAAGGACCCUACCACAGACCCCAGUGAGUCCUCUGCAGACAAUCACCUCACCCUCAGCUCACCUCCAACUAUCACCAAAGCCCUCUGUGUCAAUGGGGAGGCUGUAGAAAGGAGCAGCGAUGGGAAGGAAGAUGCCAACGGAGAGGCAGAGCUGUGUCCCACCAGGCCAGGCUGGAGUCCAGACUCCAGGGAACGCCGCCCCAGGAAGCACCUCUCCUUGAAACUUUGCAAUAGGGAGCUUGAGGCCGGACAGGCUGCAGAGCAAACCAAGAGCCAUCAGCUGGAGAACAGGCUCUCAAGAUCCAUCUCCCAAGAGACAGAGCCAGAGAGAGACCUAAGACUUCAGAACCCACUCCUGAACCAGAAAUUCUCCCCAGGGCCCCUAUCCCCCGAGGAGGAGGAUGUGUUUUACAGCGACACCCAGUCGGAUUUUAUGCCAAGCCUCCAAAGUAAGGCCAAAUUCAGCACCAGCUCUUCAGAUCAAUCCUUUGCCUCAUUUGAUGAUCAACAGAAGUCGUGGUUUACUGAGAGCCAGCGGGAAGACAAGAAGAAUGAUGUGAGUGCAGGUGACAGUGAGAAGGAAGAGAAGGAAAAGGUGAUGGGGAAAGAUGAGCGACAGCACUGUGCUUUAGGAAACGGACACGUGUUCAUGGAGGAGCACAGCCAGGGGGAAGCACUGCAGAGAGAAGAGGAAGGUCUGUGUGGAGGGAGACCCAGGAAGGCAUCGAUGGAAGAAGGAAAUUUCAGAGGCUCUUGGAUUGGGGGAAAUAAGGACAUGGCCCUUUCACAUGCCAAAGACCCCACCCCGUCUCCAUCUUCUGCUACAAACAAGCACAAACUGUUCACGAUCAAAGACAACACCCUUAGGGCCACCCCUGUGAUCAAACCUAUCAUUCUGCCUCUUCUGCGGACUGUGUCCUCAGAGGACUCACUUGGCAGUAGCCACAAAGAAGAAGAAUUACCCAGGCAAGAGUGGAGUGAAGAUGCUGCUGGUCUCUGUGCCCAUGAAAGCCAGGAAAUGCCCAGCACCCUGACAUCCACUAAUAUGCAGGGCACUCACUUGAAGCACAUGGCCUGUGAAGGCCUAGAAGACGAUGGGCAGGUAUUCAGUGCAGCCAGGAUAGAUAACUCCCAACCGGCCCUGAAGGGGAAUUUCCCAUCUCCAUCACCCGUGGGAGAGGGGGUCAGGAUGAGGCCACCCCCAGAAGCCGCACAUGAAAUCAUGGCAAGCGAUGGCAAGAGCAGGCCCACAGCCUCAGGGAGGCUGGUUGCUCCACCCGAUAUCCCCAGGAUUGCUCUACCAGAGGACGAUUUAGAAGACGAGCGCCCCCUGCAGUCACCUGGCACUUGUUGGGAAGAGCAGGAACAGAGACAAGGCUUCCAAAGUCACUUUUUGUCUGCCCCCAGAGCAGGGCCCCCUGGGAGAAGAACCGUCCCUGGUGAGACGGCAACCUCCCCCAAUCCCAGCUCCCUGGGAGAGAGCAGCGCGUGCUCCCCGGCCACCAGCAGUGUUUGGGAUGAUGUUUCCCAGGCUCCUGAGGAACUGGGUCCUCCGGAGGAGCCUCCCCGGGCCAGCCCCUGGGCGAGCCCGGGUCCUGCCAGGCUGACUCGGCGGGAGGACCUGACGCACGGCGUCGUGUGGGAGGACAGCUCCGACCCCCAACUGGAGCCGGGGGCAGAAGACCUCCGGACCAUCUCUCCUCGAGGUGCACUGCUGGACGUGGCCACCAGCUCAGCAGCCCCUCUUGAGAAACCAGAGCCACCGGCUCAUCUGGAGAGGGCCGCCGGCAAGCCACCGGCAGUCCCCCCCAAAACGGAGAAGGCCCUGCGACGGGCCAAGAAACUAGCAAGCAAGAGGAGGAAGACCGACCUGGUGCAGGAGAAGCAGAGCGAGUUCUGGGAGGGAAAACCCUGCGCGGAGGACUCGCAGCGGACAGAGCAGCGGACAGAGCGAAGGCCGCUGUCACCUGGAGAGAGGUCCCGCGCCAGGUUCCCUGUGGUCCGCUCCUUGCCUCCUCCCGUGCAUCGCYACUCAGUGUCCGGGGUCUCUGAGCCUGUGGGGAGGCGGCCUUGGGGGCCCCAGCCCCUCACGCCCCUGCCCGCUUACCCCGCCACCCAGAAGGUCCUUCAGGAUCCCCAGUCUGGAGAAUACUUCCUCUUUGACUUGCCGCUCCAGGUGAAAAUCAAGACCUUCUACGACCCAGAGACUGGCAAGUAUGUUAAGGUCUCCGUUCCAUCCUCUGAGGGGACCUCCCCUGAGCCGCCCCUGCAGGAUGCCCUGGCUGCUCCCUACCUGCUGUACCCUGGCUUCCGGCCCGUGCCAGUGACCGCCCUGAUGCCUCUGCGCUGCUCCUCCCAGCUGUCUGCCCCCACCUUCCUCAGGCAAGGCCCCCGUGCCAGGCCCCAGAGCGCCCACGAGGCUGGACUACAACAGAUCCCUGGGCCUCAGGGCGACUCCACUCAGCAUGCUGCUGCCCAGCGCCCCCGGGGACCGCCCCGGAGCACAGAGGAGGAGGGCGCAGAAGCUCCAGGCCUGGGCAUCAUCUCCACUGACGACCUGGAAGACUUUGCCACUGAAGGCAUUUCUUGAGAAUUGCAUCAGAGGGACCCCCACUCUCACCCCUCCUCCCAAAAAAACAAAAGAGCUUACAUCCAUUCUCCCAACAGGCAAACACACACACACACACACACACACACACACACACACACACACACUUUCACUUAUAGCCCUUCUAGAUCCCAAAAACCCCAAAGGAAGUAGAGAUCCCAAGAACCCCAUGUGAAAUGCUCCCUUGUGGUACCUCUGAGAGAGGGUCACUGCUGGCAUGACCAGGUCCCCUCUCCUCCACACACCUUUUCAGAUUUUCCCACUCCUUUCCUCUUUUCCUGGUCAUCCCUGCCCUUCUGUGGCCCUGCAUCAGGGUGGCACAGGAUGCUGUCCCCCUAACAGCUGCUGGGCUCCUGCACCACUCUCUCCUUCUCAAGGGUGGGCUUGCUUGGUGACCACCCCCCCMAAAAAAAUGCUGAUCCCUGCUGGGAGCAGGAAGCACCCCAGCAGACUGCCCACCGCCCACUGCACAAGGUCAGGCAUGACACACAAUGGCCAGGUUCCAGGUCACCCCAAGUGGAACAGGCUGAGGACUGUCCCAAGGCAACAUUGCGGAAAUGAUUAUUGGCAUGGAAUGGGUUUUCUUCAUCCAAAGAAACUUGCCUCUGGAAGUUAUUUUCUGAUAAGGAAAAGGCUACUAUUUAAAAAGUGAAAUAAGUUUGCCAAUGUGGUUCUGUC